UAUGAUCAUGCGAACUCAUGCAAACGCGCCCACCGUUUCCUCACACUAAGAAAUGGAGUAUUCAUCUCUCAAUUCCUUGGCUGCACCCACCACCGCUGUCCGCGGUGUCACAGUCCCCUCAGAAAACCAAUCUGCCGCUUCCCCAGCCCUUAACGAGGUCACCAUCUCCGCCGAUCACCCUCCUCUCCGUGUCAUCCCUGGUUCCUAUGGCAUUCCCUUUUUCGGUCCAAUCAAAGAUCGACUCCAGUAUUUCUACGGCACCGGCGGCCCAGUCGAGUUCUUCAAGUCCCGUGUUCAGGAAUUCCGGUCGACGGUGUAUCGGACCAACAUGCCUCCUGGCCCAUUCAUCAGCGGCGACCCAAAAGUCAUCGCCCUCCUCGAUGCCAAAAGCUUUCCCACUCUCUUUGAUGUAUCCAAAGUGGAAAAGAAAGACGUAUUCACCGGAACCUACAUGCCCUCCACCAAACUCACCGGAGGCUACCGUGUACUCUCCUACCUUGACCCUUCCGAAGCUAGACAUGCUGAGCUUAAAAACCUCAUGUUCUUCAUGCUCAAAUCUUCAAGCAGCAGAGUCAUUCCACAAUUCGAAUCCACUUACACCGAACUCUUCAAUACUCUUGAGAUACAGCUAGACAAAACCGGCGAAGCUCCAUUCAACGACGUCGGUGAACAAGCAGCUUUCCGGUUCCUCGGCCGAGCUUACUUCGAAGUCAACCCGGAAGAUACAAAAAUCGGAAAAGAUGGUCCGACACUCAUUAACAAGUGGGUGUUUUUCAAUCUCAGCCCGAUACUCACCCUCGGCCUACCGUGGUACAUUGAGGAACCUCUGCUCCAUACUUUCCGGCUGCCGGCUUUUCUGAUACAGAAAAGUUACCAGAAACUUUACGAUUACUUCUUGUCAGCUGCAACUACAGUCAUCGAGCAAGCAGAAAACCUAGGGAUCCCAAAAGACGAAGCAGUAAACAAUAUCUUAUUCGCUGUGUGCUUUAAUACAUUCGGUGGGAUGAAGAUCUUAUUCCCGAGUACACUCAAAUGGAUAGGCCUUGCUGGUGAAAAUUUGCAGACCCAGUUGGCGGAGGAGAUCAGAGGUGCUAUCAAAUCCUACGGCGGCGGAAUGGUGACAAUGGCGGCGAUAGAGCAGAUGCCGUUGAUGAAGUCCGUCGUGUACGAGAUUCUUAGGAUUGAUCCACCGGUAACUUUCCAAUAUGGGAGAGCUAAACGCGACCUUACCAUUGAGUCACAUGACGCUGUUUUCAAUGUGAAAGAAGGUGAGAUGUUAUUCGGGUACCAACCAUUUGCAACCAAGGACCCGAUAGUGUUUGACAGACCUGAAGAGUUUGUUGCUGAUCGAUUUGUUGGGGACGGAGAAAAGCUGUUGAAGUAUGUGUGGUGGUCAAAUGGGCCGGAGACGGAGAUUACAACGGUCGAAAAUAAGCAAUGUGCCGGAAAAAGCUUUGUUGUGCUGAUAACAAGGUUGUUCGUGGUUGAAAUUUUCCGGCGAUAUGACUCUUUCACCGUGGACGUGGCUACGUCUGCUUUGGGUUCGAGUAUCACAAUCACGUCCCUAAAGAAAGCUAGUACCUGAUGAGUAAUUUGAGAAUCUUGGAGAGGGUAAUGUUGGGAAUGGAAUGAGUUUUUUUGUUUUUUUUUUCCAAAUAAAGACAAGAAAUAAAAAGGAUGGGGAAAACUAUGUAUGACUUCCCUAGUUCCCAUGCUCUCUAGCAGUGGGGGUCCUGACUCGUGAGUCCUGACCACCAAGCACAUUAUCAAAAUAGUUUUGCAUUCCUCGAUCAAUAAUGGUGAAUUGGUAUUUUCAAAAGAAGAUAUAGAUAUGGAUAACAUUUUGGAAUAGUAUAUUAGAUAUUAUGCAUUGAUGAAUGAUCAUUAGUUAUAAAAGUAGAAAAUAAAAACAUUGGGAAAUUGAUGAAAAAAAAAAGAAAGACAAUGUAAG